AUGUUACUGGAAAAUCUAAAGAUAUUUUGCGCUCGGCGCGAAAUUUACAAAAUAAAAUUCAACCAGUACCUCAAACUACAGGUACUGACUGAAGAAAAUGAAGCUAAAAUUUUAGAUUUAUUAUGUGAUAUACUUAUGAAUUCAGAAUAUUGUAGAGAUGUAUGUGAGUGUUUUAGACAAUCACUUUUAUUUUUGUUAACAAAAGCUAUGAAAACAGAUCAAUUAUUGAAAGCCCAUACAUAUGAUGGGGAUCUGUUUCAUAAACUAAAUUGUGUUAUUAUAGGAAAAUUAAUAUCGCUACAUCCUGAUGUACCAACUUUUGCAUUGGAUUAUUUUGAUAAAAAUCCAUCACCUUUUGAAGAGCCCGAAAAAUACCUCAGGGAACCUCAAAACAUAAAAAGGCACAUGAAUCGACAAAGUCCAAGAGAAAUUACAGAUCUAGAAAUCGUGGAAGCAACUUAUAAUAUAUUACAAGCUUCUCCUGAGCAUUACAAGCAUAAAUUUAGCUGGUCUAAAUUUUUGAAAUAUCUGAAUCACAGCGAUACCAAAGUGAAAUGGAUUGCUAUUAAAUGUGAAGCUAUUUAUCUAGAAAUGUCAGAAUCUGAGAGAAAUUCCAAAUUCACGAUUGAAAAUAUAAGUGAAAAACAUUUUUCAAAUGAUGAUGAAGAAAUUGGUAGAUCUACUUUUGAAUUGCAAGGAGCCACUUUUUGUAAAACGAAGGAAUUAGGGAAACACUGUAAAUCGGUAGUAUCAGUUGCUGAUGUUUUAUUGCCCAUUCGUAAUAAAAACAUAAUAUCAGAAAACUCAGAUAAAGAUCUAGUAUCUGUACCAUCUAUGAAAGAAAAUCUUCGUAGCUUAGCUUUAGCAGUAGUAUCAAGAAAAUGUAUCUGUUUACAAGGUCCAGUCGGAUGUGGAAAAACAGCUAUUGUUGAGUAUUUAGCUAAAGAAACUGGUCAUGGACCAUCAGAUUUUAUCAAAGUACAGUUAGGAGAUCAAACAGACUGUAAAAUGCUUUUGGGUACCUACAAAUGUACUGAUAUCCCAGGAGAAUUUAUUUGGCAACCAGGUGUAUUGACUCAGGCCGUUAUUGAUGGCAAGUGGUUAUUGCUUGAGGACAUUGACAGUGCUGCACUAGAUGUUGCUAGCGUUCUUAGUGAUCUGAUGGAAACUGGAACAUUAUCCGUACCAGGUUUUAGAGACACAAUUCGUGUCAAAAGUGGAUUUCAAUUAUUUGUUACUCAACGACUAAUUCAUACUAACUCUGGACUUCAACGUCAAUCAUUUGGUGCAUCAAGUUUAUUAGAAAAACAUUGGUUGGUUGUUAAUAUGGAACCUUUGUCUAAAGAAGAGUUAGAAAUAGUAGUAAAAACCCUAUUUCCUAUUUUAAGUACUUGUGCCACAAAAAUAGUAGAUACUUUUCUUUUAUUUUCUAUGGGAAAACAUGAAAUGAAUAAUAUUAAAAAUGAAAGCUUAGGAUUAAAAACCGGAAGGCAUAUUUCAACUAGAGAUUUAAUUAAAUGGUGCUCAAGAAUAGCAAAUGAUUUUGAGGUAUCAUCAACUGAAUCUGAAAUGAAAUUGUUUCAAGAUGCCAUUGAUAUUUUUUGCUGCUCUGUUACAAAUCAAGAUGACAGAAUUAAAUUCGCUAAGGAUAUAGCCCAUAAGCUUGGCGUUCCUGAGGAAAAAGCUAAGUAUUUUAUUCAAGAUAAUGCUCCUACAAUGACUCGAUCAUCAGAAUUCUUUCUCUUUGGAAGGAGUAAAGUAUGCAAAAAAAAGUCUUUACUCUUAAACACUAAUAAAAUUGAAACAAAAUAUUCUUUUACCAAGCCCUCUGCUCGGCUUGUUGAGCGUAUCACAACUAGUAUAGCUCAACGAGAGCCAGUUUUACUUGUUGGAGAGACUGGUACUGGAAAAACCAGUAGUAUUCAGUUCAUAGCUCGAAGUACUGGGCACAAACUGUUAGUCAUUAAUAUGAACCAGCAGAGUGAAAGUGGUGAUUUGCUUGGAGGAUACAAGCCAAUUGAUCUGCGCAUUCUAAUUUUUCCAAUUCGUCAGGAAUUCGAAAAUCUUUUCCGAUCAUAUUUUGCUGUGGAACCAAAUUUACCAUACUUAUCUUUCAUUGGAACUUGUUUUGAGAAAGCAAAGUGGUCUCAACUUGUGAAGUCGAUGAAAUAUAGUACAAAUGCAGCUUUAGAACGAUUAAGACGUACUAUUAAAAAUAACAACAACGAUGUCAGAAAUGAAAUCAACGAUGAAAAGAAACUUGCAAAAAAUCAAGAGUUAUUGACUAAAUGGGAGCAGCUUUCAUUGAAAUUAGAUAAACUAGCAUCUCAAGUUAAAGCUAAUCUUUCCAUUGCAUUUGCAUUCAUUGAAGGUAGUCUUAUUAGAGCUCUUAAAGAAGGCUACUGGGUACUUCUCGAUGAAAUUAAUUUGGCUAACGCUGAGACAUUAGAGUGUUUGUCUGGUCUUUUAGAAGGAAGUUCUGGUUCUUUGUUCCUUUUGGAAAGAGGCGAUAAAGAAUCGAUUAAACGACAUCCAGACUUUACGAUUUUUGCUUGUAUGAAUCCGGCCACUGAUGUAGGAAAGAAGGAAUUACCCGUAGGCUUGCGUAAUCGUUUUACUGAAUUUUAUGUUGAUGAACUUGAACAAGAAUCCGACAUUUUAAUAUUAGUUAAAGACUACCUGAAGGAUCUGCACUUAACAAGCAAGCAUCACAAAGCACUCGUUGAUUUUUAUCAAAAUAUCAAGAAAGACGCUAAAAAUACUUUAUCUGAUGGCGAAGCUCAAAAACCGCUUUACAGUUUAAGAACAUUGUGCAGAGCUUUGAGUGUAGCUGCAGGUAAUCCAUGUAAUAAUAAUCUAAAGUCUCUUUGCAAAGCUGGUGAAGAGUAUCUGAAUUUUGAAGGUUACUGGAUUGUCCGAGGUACCAACGAACCCGAAGUCCCAGAAAAUUACAUUCUAACAUCAUCUGUUCGGCGUAAUUUGAAAGACGUCGUGCGUGUGGUAUCGUUGGGGAAGAUACCGCUUCUUCUACAGGGUGAUACUUCUGUGGGUAAAACCAGUUUAAUUACUUACUUGGCUCGAGCCACGGGUCACGUUUGUGUGCGCAUUAACAAUCACGAACAUACCGAUCUGCAAGAGUACGUCGGCCGCUAUGUUGCCGAUAAAUCUGGCAAGCUAAUUUUUCAAGAAGGCGCGCUUGUUGAAGCCAUGAGAAAAGGUUACUGGAUAAUUCUUGAUGAACUGAAUUUAGCUCCCAGUGACGUUCUUGAAGCUCUUAACCGAGUUCUCGACGAUAACAGAGAAUUAUUCAUUUCCGAAACUCAGCAAACCGUCAAAGCUCACGAAAACUUUAGACUGUUUGCUACUCAGAAUCCUCCUGGCUCUUAUGGCGGUCGCAAGCUCCUUUCGAGAGCUUUUCGUAAUCGCUUUGUCGAACUUCACUUUGAUCGUAUACCGUCUGAUGAGCUUGAAAUCAUUUUACAUGAGCGCUGUGCCAUGGCACAGACACAUUGCCGGCUGAUUAUCGAAGUGAUGCAUGAGCUUCAACGUCAACGAAAUGAAAAAGAUCUCUUCGCUGGGAAACAAGGCUUUAUUACUCUUCGUGACCUGUUUCGGUGGGCUGAGAGAAUCAAGUCGUUACAGAAAGUUGAAGAUUAUCCACAACAUUUGGCCGAUGAAGGCUAUCUUGUACUCACAGCUAAAGUGCGUACGUCCGAAGAGGCCCAAAGAAUUAGAAAAAUCAUUCACAAAGUAUUGAAACGUGAUGUAGAUCCUGACAACUUAUUUACUCUUCACGAUAAAACAUCGAUGGUGACAAGAGACAUUUUGGAAAAAAUAGAAAAUAUUAGAACAUCACCGUACAACAACAUCGUUUGGACUUAUUCAAUGCGUCGAAUGGCAGUACUUGUUCAAAAAGCUUAUGAAUUUAAAGAGCCUGUUUUAUUGGUUGGUGAGACUGGUGGAGGAAAAACUACUGUUUGUCAAAUGAUUGCAAAAAUGAUGGGAUGCAAAUUGCAUAUGGUUAAUUGUCACAUGCACACAGAAUCAUCCGAUUUUCUCGGUACUUUGCGCCCUGUGAGAAAUCGUGCCGAUGUCGACGGGAACAGAUUGUUCGAAUGGGUCGACGGACCUUUGAUUCAAGCUAUGCAAAACGGGGACUUCUUCCUUGCAGAUGAAAUAUCUCUCGCAGAUGACAGUGUUUUAGAAAGAUUAAACUCGCUGCUAGAGCCAGAGCGAAGUCUUUUAUUAACCGAGAAAGGUACUGAUUCUGAAAAUAUGAAAGAGAUGGACAAUCUUAUUGUCGCUCAUGAACAAUUUUUCUUCGUCAGUACCAUGAACCCCGGUGGUGAUUAUGGCAAAAAAGAACUUUCUCCUGCUUUGAGGAAUCGCAUGACCGAAAUCUGGUGCGAUGUAUGCAACAACAGAAAAGAUCUUCAAGCGAUCAUCGUGAAAAAUCUCAAUCAAAAUAUUGAUGGCAAAACUACUUUGGCUGAUUGCAUUUUAAACUUUGUUGAAUGGUUAACUAGUUCCGAUGUUGGAAAGAAUUUCACUUUUAGUAUCAGAGACGUAAUCAGUUGGGCAAAAUUCGUCAACACUUGUGUGGAAAAACAUGGCAAAAGAAAGCUCACCUUGAGCGAUGCCUAUUAUCACGGUGCUUGUUUGACAUAUAUCGAUAGUUUAGGUUCCGGAUUGACCAGCAUGGAAAGUACCCAAAAGCUGAAGACCUUCAAAAAUAAUGCUUUUGAUUUUUUAAAAUCACAAAUGGAUAAAUUGAUUGAGUCAACGUCAGAUUAUUUAAUGGAAGUGGACUGCGAAGAUCUUGAAUCCGAUCAAAUUUACGGAAUACCACCUUUUUUCAUCAACAGAGGCGAGUUGAGCCUUGCAGAAAGCUUCACAACAUUUACCUUUCAAGCAACUACAACUCAACAAAAUUGUUUAAAACUCUUGAGAGCCUUGCAGUUAUCUAAACCCAUUUUGCUCGAAGGUAGUCCUGGAGUUGGCAAAACUAGCUUGGUGUCCGCUCUUGCCAAAGCUUCUGGUCACAGUUGUCUACGUAUCAACUUAAGUGACCAAACUGAUGUGUCAGAUUUGUUUGGGGCCGAUCUACCAGUAGAAGGUGGCCGAGGCGGUGAAUUCGCAUGGAAAGAUGGACCUUUCUUGAGGGCCCUGAAGUCUGGUCAUUGGAUUCUCUUGGACGAAUUGAAUCUAGCAUCACAGUCUGUACUAGAAGGUUUGAAUGCUUGUUUUGAUCACAGAGGACAAAUUUUCAUUCCCGAAUUAGGCAAAACAUUCGAUGUUAAGUCGGAGACCAAAGUAUUUGCUUGUCAAAAUCCACUGAAUCAAGGUGGAUCUCGUCGCGGCUUACCCAAGUCAUUCUUGAAUCGUUUCACGCAAGUUUUUGUCGAUAUUUUGACUGACGAUGAUCUUAAGUUUAUUGCAACAUCGCUAUUUCCGAAAAUUGCAUCGUCAAUCGUCGCCAAGAUGAUUGAUUUUAAUUCACGUUUAGCUCGUGAAGCUGGAAACGGAGAAUGGGGUACUUACGGAGCUCCGUGGGAAAUGAACUUAAGAGAUGUGUGUCGCUGGUGCGAAGCAACCAUCGAAACUGCACAGGUGAACACCAAUGGAGACAUCGAGUAUAACCCCGGUAAUGCUCUCGAACUUAUUUAUGUCGAAAGAAUGAGAACCAAUGAAGACAAACACAUGGUUAAAAAAAUUUAUCACGAGAUGUUUGAUGUGACUGCUUAUCCGUUAUUACCGUCUAAAUCAAUUGUCGACCCUGCGGAGUCUGGCUUUAUGUGUUAA